AAAUUGUUAUACAAAGCAGUUCCACAUAUCUGCUGCUCGACCCGAUCAAUUGUCACGCUAAUUUAGUUCAGAUAUGUAGGAGUAGGGGUGGGCAUUUGGUGAGACUGAUCAAUUUGGUCUCGGUCUUUCUUUUUUGAAAUUUCUGUCAUCACCGAAAUCCACUGCAAAAUAUUCAGUAGUUAUAUGACCAAAGUUGGAAGUAUAAUUUAGUCUAAAUAUGACUCAACUUGAUGAUUAAUCAAAUAUAAAUUGCAUACAUGAAAAACAUGGACAAACAAGCAAUUUUGGUCCUUAUAUGCCAAAAAGAUUUGCUUGAGUCACAAUUCCAUUUUCUAAAAGGAACAAAAACGAACAUUCUCAUACUCUCAUUUGGCAUUGGUAUAGCACGACAAGGUGAAAAUGCAUAUCAUUAUGGUGCACCGUGGCCUUAAAACGGUUUCAAAACGGUUUCGCUGAAAAAUAUUCGGGGUAAUAUGGAUGGAAUUGUUUUUAGAAAAUGGUACUAUAUUUCAUAACGUGGCUUGUGCAAAACUAAUUUUUCCUCACUUUUUUAAUAUGAUCAGAUUUUUCUAUUAUUAUUAUUAUUAUUUUACUCGUUACUCAAUAACCUGAUUAGUAGUCUCUUUAGUACUACUACAUCCUAUAAAUUCAUAAUUCACAUCGAUACCCUUGCCUCUGAACGCAUUUUCUCCUCCACUCCCUCAACUUCUCAAGAAUUUUGACCUAGCCCCCGCUUCCCGUUUCUUCCAAUCUUCCCGCCUCAAUGGCGCCCGGUUCAGCAAAAGACCGGGACGGCCACACCACCGAACCGGUUCUUGGGCGCGGGGACUACGAGGCGGCCCACCAGAAGCCCAGCGCCGCCGCCGCCGCCAACGCGCCCUCGCGACCGCCGCCGCCACCGCGCGUCGCCAAGAGUCUGCCCCGUGAGCAGCCCGGAGGUCGGGGCAGCGGCCGCGGUGCCGAGGGUUCGGCCUCUGCCUCCCCGGUGGCGGUGGGUGACCGGGAGGGAAAGAAGACCUCCACGGCAACUCAGGGCGGCGGCCAUGCCUCCUCGUCGCCGCGGCGCCUCGGCGAGAAGCUGGCCCGCGACCACCCCGGAGGCGGAGGCCGCGGCGCCGAGGGAUUGGCCUCUGCUGCCUUCCCGGUGGUCGACCGGAAGGGAAAGAGGAAGGUGUGCGCGGCAAGCGAGGGUGCCGCCAGCUCGUCCUCGCCGCCCUUCGAGAGGCUGAGCGGUGAGGAGCUAGGAGCAGGAGCAGGAGGGCGCGGCACCGAGGCAUCGACCUCCGCCUCUGCUGCGGCGGUGGUGGAUCAGGACGAGAGAGAAGUCCGCGAGUGGCCAAGAUUUGCUCUUCUCAGCAAUUCACACCUUCUAGAGAUUGGUGCAAGAUGUGAGGGACACAAGGAUCUUAGUGCUGAUGCUCAAGAAAGCACCUAUACUGUAGUGAGCUCUGUGGUUCGUAACUUCUCCGCGGACUUCAGUUGGUGGUCCAUAAUGGGUAAUCCCAUGAAACAAACAAUACCAAAUACCUGCACCAUUUUAGCAUGUGCUGUAUGCAUUGAAGCGCUACAUCGUUUGGAGUGGGAGCGGCUGCACGGUCCUGGUACCUUCCUGUGCCGGGCUGCAGCUCCUCGCAAGCUCCGCAGGGCCUGCAUACGGGAUGAUAUUUUGCACCCAGAGGAGGGAGUCGAAUCAAAGAAAAUGGUUCUUUUACUGAAAAAGAUAAAGGGCAUGGGUGGUAUUCGCACAACCAAUGCUCCACCACCAGCCCCCUUUCUCCUCCCGCUCAAAUCGUGGCGGAUGUACCGCCAAAAAGGUAGUCUCACACGAGAGCGCGCUGUGCACCUCCUGCGCACGGGUGGCCCUUACAUUGGAAUCAUUCGGGUGUCCCUCCUAUACCACUUUAUUGAUGCCUCAGUUAAUGAUGAACUAGUCUAUAGGUGGGUACCCCCUGAGUUGAGAACUGCUGCAGACGUCUGGCUGAUUGACGCUCUUGUUGCGGGAAGGGCCACGGACAAUGAUAUCUGUGAUUUGAUCAGUGAGACAAAUGGUAACCACGUUAUUGUCUGUUAUGGUUACAGACAUCGUGGAGGGGAGCUACAGAUUCUUAUAUUGGAUAACCAUGCGCAGACUGGGCCAAGUAGGUGGAUCGGAUUUGAGGAGCUGGAGAAAGUGUGUGUACUGAGGGUAGAUCCUCUCCCUCUGGAUCUGGAUCAACUUAAUCCUUUGCCAGUGUAUCCUAUUAGUGGUUGUUAGGCAGAUAAAUAAGUAGUUUGUAUGAUAAAAAAGUCCUUUGCCAGUGUAUCCUAUUAGUGGUUGUUAGGCGGAUACAUAAGUAGUUUGUAUGAUAAAAAAGUUGUGUUUCAGUUGAUUUUUGAACCUCUAUGGAGCCUACUAAAUUUGUCACACUUCACCUUA